AUAGAAGGUAAGGAUUUUAUAAGGAAUGAAAUUGUGUCUCUGUUAAGUGUUCGAAAGUUGGAUGGAUGGAUGGAUGGAUGGAUGGAUGGAUGGAUGGAUGGAUGGAUGGAAAACCUGGGGCUAUGAACAUAGAUUGUUGAAAUAAAUGACGAAAUAUGUUCUUACACUUUUGUUCCAAGACGCGCGACACUGUCCCUUGCUGCUGUGUAUGUGUAAAUGCUGGUCAGCUGAGAGAGUUUGGAACACUUAGUUUUGCAAUUACUGACAGCUCCGUAUGUGUAAAGGACAGGAGGGGGAGGAGCCUAUAAGCAUAACUACAGAAAACAGCCAAUGAUGAAAGCUGUCUCAUUAUUUGGGAUCAGCAGUUGUCCCUGGCUCUUAGGUGAGAGUUACUCAGUAGCAUCUAUGGAGGAAGGACAGCUGAAUGGAGUUUUGUUACCUGUGUUUCCCACAAUAUCGUAAUAUUUACAUUGCACUAAGUUAGCAGAUGCUUUUAUCCAAAGUGAGGUAUUAUUCAAUGCGCAGGGUCAGCCGAUCACUGGAGCAGUGGGGAUUACGAUGGCGAAAAGACAGGUUAUAAACCGGCAACCUUCUGAUCACAGGCACCUCACCUGCAUAUCAUCCCCACAGUUUUCCAAUCAUGCAUAAGGAAAUGUGUCUAAACAGUGCAGGUGUAGUCAUGUAGGAAAUGAGGCCUUUCAAACCCACAUCUCCUGUUACCUUAUUGGCCCCAGUUGCAUUACAUCAGGAAGGGCCUGAUACUAACCCCGUCCUCCAUGAUUGUCCCAGACCCACAUCUCCCAUUACCUUAUUGGUCCCAUUUGCAUUACAUCAGGAACGGCCUGAUGCUAACCCCGCCCUCCAUGAUUGUCCCAGACCCACAUCUCCCAUUACCUUAUUGGUCGAGGUUGCAUUACGCCCCGAAGGGCCUGAUGCUAACCCCGCCCUCCAUGAUUGUCCCAGACCCACAUCCCCCGUUACCUUAUUGGUCCCAGUUGCAUUAUGCCCGAAAGGGCCUGAUGCUAACCCCGCCCUCCAUGGUUGUCCCAGACUCACAUCUCCCAUUACCUUAUUGGUCCCAGUUGCAUUAUGCCCGAAAGGGCCUGAUGCUAACCCCACCCUCCAUGGUUGUCCCAGACCCACAUCUCCCAUUACCUUAUUGGUCCCAGUUGCAUUAUGCCCGAAAGGGCCUGAUGCUAACCCCGCCCUCCAUGGUUGUCCCAGACCCACAUCUCCCAUUACCUUAUUGGUCCCAGUUGCUUUAUGCCCGAAAGGGCCUGAUGCUAACCCCGCCCUCCAUGGUUGUCCCAGACUCACAUCUCCCAUUACCUUAUUGGUCCCAGUUGCAUUACGCCUAGAAGGGCCUGAUGCUAACCCCGCCCUCCAUGAUUGUCCCAGACCCACAUCUCCCAUUACCUUAUUGGUCCCAGUUGCAUUACGCCUGGAAGGGCCUGAUGCUAACCCCGCCCUCCAUGAUUGUCCCAGACCCACAUCUCCCAUUACCUUAUUGGUCCCAGUUGCAUUAUGCCCGAAAGGGCCUGAUGCUAACCCCGCCCUCCAUGAUUGUCCCAGACCCACGUCUCCCAUUACCUUAUUGGUCCCAGUUGCAUUAUGCCCGAAAGGGCCUGAUGCUAACCCCGCCCUCCAUGAUUGUCCCAGACCCACAUCUCCCAUUACCUUAUUGGUCCCAGUUGCAUUAUGCCCGAAAGGGCCUGAUGCUAACCCCGCCCUCCAUGAUUGUCCCAGACCCACGUCUCCCAUUACCUUAUUGGUCCCAAUUGCAUUACAUCAGGAAGGGCCUGAUGCUAACCCCACCCUCCGUGAUUGUCCUAGACCCACGUCUCCCAUUACCUUAUUGGUCCCAGUUGCAUUACGCCUGGAAGGGCCUGAUGCUAACCCCACCCUCCAUGAUUGUCCCAGUCCCACGUCUCCCAUUACCUUAUUGGUCCCAGUUGUGUUACAUCAGGAAGGGCCUGAUGCUAACCCCACCCUCCAUGAUUGUCCCAGUCCCACGUCUCCCAUUACCUUAUUGGUCCCAGUUGCAUUACAUCAGGAAGGGCCUGAUGCUAACCCCACCCUCCGUGAUUGUCCCAGACCCACGUCUCCCAUUACCUUAUUGGUCCCAGUUGCAUUACGCCUGGAAGGGCCUGAUGCUAACCCCACCCUCCGUGAUUGUCCCAUCCCACGUCUCCCAUUACCUUAUUGGUCCCAAUUGCAUUACAUCAGGAAGGGCCUGAUGCUAACCCCGCCCUCCAUGAUUGUCCCAGUCCCACGUCUCCCAUUACCUUAUUGGUCCCAGUUGCAUUACAUCAGGAAGGGCCUGAUGCUAACCCCACCCUCCGUGAUUGUCCCAGACCCACGUCUCCCAUUACCUUAUUGGUCCCAGUUGCAUUACAUCAGGAAGGGCCUGAUGCUAACCCCACCCUCCGUGAUUGUCCCAGACCCACGUCUCCCAUUACCUUAUUGGUCCCAGUUGCAUUACGCCUGGAAGGGCCUGAUGCUAACCCCACCCUCCGUGAUUGUCCCAGACCCACGUCUCCCAUUACCUUAUUGGUCCCAAUUGCAUUACAUCAGGAAGGGCCUGAUGCUAACCCCGCCCUCCAUGAUUGUCCCAGACCCACAUCCCCCGUUACCUUAUUGGCCCCAGUUGCAUUACAUCACGAAGUGCCUGAUGCUAACCCCGCCCUCCAUGAUUGUCCCAGACCCACAUCCCCCGUUACCUUAUUGGCCCCAGUUGCAUUACAUCACGAAGUGCCUGAUGCUAACCCCGCCCUCCAUUAUUGUCCCAGACCCACAUCUCCCAUUACUUUAUUGGUCCCAGUUGCAUUAUCCCCCGAAGGGCCUGAUACCAACCCCGCCCUCCAUGAUUGUUGCAGGCCUUUCAUAUACUGUUUUCUUGCCACGGUUCAUCAGUGUGGCUCCUCUGCUCCCCCACCCUGCACAGGCCCCCGGGCUCCGUUCCUUUCGCCUCCUGCUCUCCUCUCCUGCUGGGCUGACAGGCACAGCUCAUCCUCUAAACCCCUUGACACUCCCACUGUUUAUUUUUCCUCUUUCUCCACAUCACUUGCUCCUUUCAUAUUAUUUCCAUCAUUCCAUUGCCUAGCUAAUGCUGAAUUCCCCCCCAACCCUUCCUAUACAGCUGCAUGAAUUCCUGAGUUCAUGUCAGGUCAGUGCUCUGCUCAAGGGCUAAGCAGUAUUAUUUCUCCAGCCGGUACGAAAACCCUUCAUUUAAUCCCACCUUUUUCAUUUGAAUAUCCUUGCUUAUAGCUCUAUACCGUUUGCCUUAGACCCUCCACUUCUUAAAAACUCCCCCCUAUUUCAGUAACAUAAAUCUUUUUCCCUGCCUCGUGCCCAUUGCUUCCGGGAUAGGCUCCGGACCUCCCGCGACCCAGUAGGAUAAGCGGUUUGGAAAGUGGAUGGAUGGAUGGAUGGAGUCAUUCUUGAGGUAUCAUGGUUGGCUGACACCACCAGGGUUGGGGGCUUUGAGACCUUCCUCCACUCUGUAUCUGUGUGAGGUCUCCCCCAAUGUGCCGCAGGUGGUUUCCUGCGGUCCACAUGUGCUGAGGUGAAUUGCCAUGUCUCAGUUGCCUGUUGCUUGUGUAUGUUUAUUCUCUAAUAGACUUGUACACUGACCACGAUGUACCUCUGCCUUGUGUUCUUGUCUACCGCUGUUUUCUUCAGAUCUGUAUAUGUCCCUCCUGCAGUCCAGGGUGUCGCACAACCUCGUGUUCUGUGGUUCCUGGCAUAGCCUCUCCCCCUUCCAAUCCACCCCCAUCCCCCAAACCCCAGACACUGCUCAGGUUGACUGGAUGGGAGAUGGACGGAUAUUUCUUUCUCAUGUACUCUGGCCAUUCUGCUGCUUCACCGCUCUGCUGUCUGCUUCCUGGCCGCCCACUCCGUCUCCUCUCAGUGUCCCUCCUCCCACAUCUCUGCGUUUCUGUCUUGUUCUCCCUUCUGAGGCACAGCUCGCCACCAAAUGUUUCAUUUUCUUCACCAUCUGAUGUAGGUAUCAGAAUGUUUCUGCGCGUCGUUAAAAAGACAAACGCACUAAAGCCACUUUUCAGCAAGUUUCCCUCAUUGAAAUGCUUUACGUUGUUCUGCUCCCUCUCUUUGAUACGGACUUAUUGUUUGCAGCCAGACCAGAUUCUUACAGGGUUCAUUUAGCAACAGAUUAUAUUAUGCAAGCGGCAUCUAGUAAAGUAUUACCGUGCUUUUUUAUUGUCAAGACUUCCGUCCAUCUAAGUGGUUAUCCGACACCACAGGGGAUUUCAGCGUCUCUUACACCAGGGACGUCCAGAUGGGAAGAAACCAGAGCUAGAGACCCCACCCACUAAUGUUUGAUCAUAUAAGUAACUAAGAACUAUGCACUAGGGAUGCUUUAAUAUUUUUUUUUCCAAGGGGUGCUGCCCCAUGAAUAUCUUUUCUCUGAACAAGCAGUUACCCCAGCCAAUAUUUUCCUCCUUCUGUUGACAAUAUGUGUUUAAAGGACCCAGUCCAAUAAAGGGUCAUCGUGGGGGCCUGGAGCCAAUCCUAUGAGGUAAAGGAACGUCCUGUAAUACCCAGAGGAAAGUCACACAACACAUGCAGGACAUGCAAGCUGCACAUACAGAGAGUGGGGGAGGCGACCCAGGAGGUGCGAGGCGAUAGCGUUAGCCAUCAUACCAACCCUUCUGUAAGGAUUUCUCUUCCUAAUUUUUUAAACGAGCUUGGUGGAUUUUUUCAUCGUGCAUGUAUAAGGAGGUAAACAUGCAGUGAGUCACCCAUGAAACCAAGA